UCUGAAACACUGACGUGGAAGCCGCAGUAGAAGUCAGCCAUGCCUGUUCGGAAAAAAGACACAGCGCGGGCUCUGGGGCUUUUGGAGGAUUACUGCUCCAAAUUGAGAAGACCGGAGGAACAGCACCUCAAAACUGCCAUUCAGAAAGUGAUGGCGAUUUUCAAAAGCAACCUAUUUGAAGCUCUUCUCGAUAUCCAGGAGUUCUAUGAAGUGACACUACUAAACACUCAGAAGAGCCGCAAGCAAAAACUGGAGGAGGUGAAUCACAUGGCUGACAAGUGGGAGAAGAGUGUUUCUGUCCAAAAUUCUGAGCUUGCACACUCUGCGUGUGCAGUGGAGGAGCAGAGGGAGCAGAGUGACUCGGAACUGGUUUUGGUGGAACAUGUAGGUGGCAGUGCCAGUACAUCUGGGAACAGGCCUCCAGCAGUACAGGGGUCAACCCACAAUGGCCAGACCCCAUCCUGCAUGAACGCUGCCUUGACCAACGCUCCCUGGCAGUACCACUACCAGGAAGAUGACUCUCCGUCCCUCGACCAGGGGUUCCCGAGGCUCACCAACGAGGUGCACGCCCCUGAGCUUGUGCAUGUGUCGGAGAAGAACAUAUCGGAGAUCGAGAACGUGCACGGCUACGUGUCCCAUUCCCACAUCUCUCCUCUCAAGGCCAGCCCUGCGCCAAUAAUCGUCAACACCGACACGCUGGAGUCGGUACCUUAUGUCAACGGCACAGAAAUUGAGUAUGAAUUUGAAGAAAUCACUCUUGAGCGGGGUAACUCAGGACUGGGCUUCAGCAUUGCUGGAGGAACUGAUAACCCACACAUUGGUGAUGACCCCGGGAUCUUCAUCACCAAGAUCAUUCCUGGUGGUGCUGCAGCAGAGGAUGGACGCCUGAGAGUAAAUGACUGCAUCCUGCGGGUGAAUGAUGCUGAUGUGUCAGAAGUUUCCCACAGCAAGGCAGUGGAAGCACUUAAGGUUGCCGGUUCUAUUGUCCGGCUGUAUGUCCGGCGCCGUAGGCCAAUGCUAGAGACCAUCAUUGAGAUCAAACUCACCAAAGGACCAAAAGGGCUUGGCUUCAGUAUUGCAGGUGGAGUUGGAAACCAGCACAUACCUGGUGACAACAGCAUAUAUGUCACCAAGAUUAUUGAUGGCGGCGCAGCACAGAAAGAUGGCCGGCUACAAGUUGGAGACAGAUUGCUAAUGGUGAACAACUACAGUUUGGAAGAAGUGUCCCACGAAGAGGCUGUGGCCAUUUUGAAGAACACGUCAGAUGUGGUCUACCUAAAGGUGGGAAAACCCACCAGUGUCUACCUAUCAGAUCCUUAUGGACCUCCUGAUAUCACACACCCUUUCUCUCCAGCCAUGGAAAAUCAUAUCUCUUCCCCUGUCAACAGUGGAACUCUGGAGUACAAAUCUGGUCUCCCCCGCAUCUCCCCUGGGAGUUAUUCCCCCCUCCCUAAGCACUUAUUGGGGGAAGAAGAUAUAAACAGGUUGGAUGGUUUUUCUUUCUUACGAAAUCCCUCGCUAGAUGAUGGUGAAGGUCACGGGUUUGAUUCCCAACACUUCCAGUUGAGGCCUCCCGAACCAGUUUACAGCACUGUGAACAAACUAUGCGACAAAGCUCCCUCUCCCCGACACUAUUCCCCGGUGGAGUGCGACAAAAGCCUCCUGCACUCCUCCCCCCUCCCAAACUAUCACUUAAGCCUGUUCCCUGACUCGGACUUCACCAGGGAACCCAGGAAGGUCGUGCUCCACAAAGGUUCCACUGGCCUGGGCUUCAAUAUUGUGGGUGGUGAAGAUGGAGAAGGCAUCUUUGUGUCCUUCAUCCUGGCAGGAGGACCUGCAGACCUGAGCGGCGAGCUACGGCGAGGUGAUCAGAUCUUGUCGGUAAAUGGCAUUGACUUACGAGGAGCCACACAUGAACAAGCGGCGGCAGCACUCAAAGGAGCGGGACAGGUUGUCACCAUCAUUGCCCAGUACAGACCAGAGGAGUACGGGCGCUUUGAGGCCAAAAUCCACGACCUGCGGGAACAGAUGAUGAACCACAGCAUGAGCUCUGGAUCAGGAUCCCUGCGAACCAAUCAGAAGAGAACACUCUAUGUGAGGGCACUGUUUGACUAUGAGAGGUCAAAGGACAGUGGCCUCCCCAGCCAAGGGCUGAGCUUCGGAUACGGUGACAUCCUCCAUGUCAUCAACGCCUCGGACGAUGAGUGGUGGCAGGCCCGCCGUGUCACCCCCCAUGGAGACAGUGAAGAAAUGGGCGUCAUCCCCAGCAAGAGACGGGUGGAACGGAAAGAGCGAGCGCGUCUAAAGACUGUGAAAUUCAAUGCCAAGCCGGGGUCGUUUGAUUCCAAAGGGUCGUUUACUGACAAACGUAAAAAGAAUUUCAUCUUUACGCGAAAGUUCCCAUUCUACAAGAGCAAAGAGGGUGAGCAGGAUGGCAGUGAUUCUGACCGGAGUCAAGAGGAUGUGAUUCUCUCAUACGAACCUGUGAUGAGGCAAGAAAUUAACUAUGCCAGACCUGUCAUAAUCCUUGGACCAAUGAAGGACAGAAUCAAUGAUGAUCUGAUAUCAGAGUUUCCCGACAAGUUUGGCUCUUGUGUGCCUCACACCACUCGACCAAAGAGGGACUACGAAGUGGACGGCCGAGACUACCACUUUGUAAUGUCCAGAGAGCAGAUGGAGAAGGACAUUCAAGAGCACAAGUUCAUUGAAGCGGGGCAGUACAACGAUAAUCUGUAUGGAACAAGUGUCCAAUCAGUCAAAUAUGUGGCAGAAAGGGGUAAACACUGCAUUCUGGAUGUGUCUGGAAAUGCCAUCAAACGACUACAAGUAGCACAACUCUAUCCCAUUGCCAUUUUCAUAAAACCCAAAUCUGUUGACUCUUUAAUGGACAUGAAUAAGAGGCUGACAGAGGAACAGGCCAAAAAGACUUUUGACCGGGCAAUGAGGCUGGAGCAGGAGUUUGGCGAAUUCUUCACAGCCCUGGUUCAAGGAGACACCUUAGAGGACAUUUAUAACCACUGCAAACAGGUCAUAGAGGAACAUUCAGGACCCUAUAUCUGGAUCCCCUCAAAGGAGAAACUAUAAUAACUCAUCACCCAGGAAAGGAUUCUGGACUGCGAGAACCUCGUAAUAAGCUGUACGAUACAACAACUCUAUGGUGACGAAUAGUCUUCUAAAAUAAUUAUUGUGAAUAUGUUUUUUAUUAUUAUUAUUUUCUUUUGUUUGGAUAUUGCUUCACUUUUCAUACUUAACAUGAAUGUUCCUGAAUGUAAACCACAAAGUGUUAGAGAACUUUAGGUCUUCAAACAUCAGCUGUUGGUAUAUUUCGUUCUUUGUUUUUUAUUUAUAUUGAACAAAAAGUUAAAAGAAAUGUAAUGAUCAUUAAAUAAUUAUGGCGUAGUGGCGUACACAUCCAUCCACAUGGGGGCAGUGUGGGAUCUUCAAACAGAAGAAGCUACAAAAAGAGAAAAUGUCUUUGCCAGCGUUUGUUGUUAUCUCGGCGCCUUCUCUUUUCCUUCACACAAGUAAAUAAUGAAGUCACAUGUUUGUCUGAAGUUUGCAUCUGUGUAUUCAAACAUCCCAGAGUUCAACUUUGCAUUUUGUUUGUUGCAAUGGGAUUUCUUCUGUUUAUUUUAAAGUUAUGACGAAAAUAUUUAAUUGUAAUACUUUUCCAGCUCUUACUGCAUUGACAAUGAUAAGAAAAAGGAGAACUCAGCUACAGGUGAUGGAGAUGUAACACUAUAUUUUACCACUUUGCUAGCUGGCGGGCAC